AUGGACUUGUAUCACGUUUUGGAGAUGAUAGGAGAGGGCUCGUUUGGACGAGUGUAUAAAGGACGUAAAAAGUUCAGUGGCCAAGUGAGUAUAUUGCAUAUUAUUUGGAAAAUAUUAACGUUACACACUGACUUUUCUUCUGUACGUUAACUUGAGCUUUGACUGCCAUCCGAGAGCUUGGAGUGCAACCAUUCAUUGCGUAUCGAUUUUGUUUUGGUCCAUUGUAGGUCGUGGCACUAAAGUUUAUCCCCAAGGUGGGCCGUUCUGAAAAGGAGCUGCGCAAUCUCAAAAGAGAAAUUGACAUCAUGAGGGGACUUCAACAUCCAAACAUUGUCCUGCUAUUGGACAGCUUUGAGACUGAAAGAGAGGUAUGUAAGCUGUUGUCUUCUCCUACAUAUAUGUCAUCACUUAUACGUUACAUUAUUACUUAGCAUGGAAGAUACAUGCAUACAAUACAUUGUAAUUACAUUGAUAACAUUAUGAUAAUGCUGUCUAUUCAUGGCAGGUUGUUGUUGUGACUGAGUAUGCAGAGGGAGAGUUGUUCCAGAUCCUUGAAGAUGAUGGGAACUUACCUGAGAGCCAGGUAAAGCCAUUGACUCAUAAUGUAGUAGGUUAUUUCUCAACGUAUUACAAUAAGAAUGGCAAAGUACCGUAAAAUAAAACCUAUUAUUGAUCAAACAGCAGAUAUUCAUGCAUGUAUUUUUCAUCCUAUGCGAAGGUCCGUGAGAUUGCCUGCCAGCUGGUCUCUGCCUUGUAUUAUUUGCAUUCCCAUCGGAUUCUCCACCGUGACAUGAAACCACAGAACAUUCUGCUGGGCAAAGGAGGGGUGGUGAAGCUGUGUGAUUUUGGGUGAGUGUAUUUGGUGCUGAAAGGACAGCCUUUGUGUUGAAGGAGAACUUUGUGGUGUUGAAAGCUGUGACAUUCAAUCCGUUAAGAAAAGCUCUGACGAAGGCCAACAGGCCAAAACGUAAGCUUUAAUAAAAACAGUGAGACUGGCAAGAACAGUGUUCGGGUUUCUCUUUACUUUCAAGUAAUCUCAUUGUUACCAUGCACCUGCAACAGACAUCUCAGAUGUGUGAGUGCCUUUUUGAAUUUUGAUUCAAUCAGUUAUAGAAAUCUCACUGAUGAGGGCACACACUUUAUUAUAUGGAUGCGUAAAGGAAACUCAAGUGGAGAAUGAUGCCUAAUUAUACCCUAUAGUGAGUCUGUCUGCCUUUAACUGUGGCUGUGUGUGUCCUAUCCUCCAGAUUUGCUAGAGCCAUGAGUGUGUCCACCCUGGUCCUGACCUCCAUCAAGGGGACGCCCCUCUACAUGUCCCCAGAACUGGUAGAGGAGAAGCCCUACGACCACACAGCCGACCUCUGGUCUCUGGGCUGCAUCCUCUAUGAGCUCCACACGGGGGCGCCACCCUUCUACACAAACUCCAUCUUUCAGCUGGUCCAGCUCAUAGUCAGAGACCCUGUCAAGUGGCCGGACACCAUGAGCCAGACCUGCACGGUACUACAGAGUCCCUGUUAACUCUGAAUUAAUCCAGUGUUUUACCUUGAAAUACAAACUGAAUCAUGCUAUGUUUCACAGUGAAACAAUAGGGGAACUAAUAGUGAAACAUUUAGUUUGUGUGAUUCAAUUUGGAAUUGAAACUAGUGAUUUUAAGCUUAUGUAUAUUAAUUAAGAUAGCAUUAACAUAUUUAGAGUCCCAUCACCACAUGGCUUGUUUAUAAUCUUUCCAUGCUAGACUUUCCUGAAGGGUUUGUUGACCAAAGACCCACAGAAGAGGUUGUCGUGGCCACACCUCCUAAAACACCCCUUUGUUGCUGAUGGAGUUCUAGGUAAGACCCUUUUUUAAUUCUACAUUCUAUUUUUUAUAAUAGACCUCUUUAAAGAACAGACUGCUAUAAUAGACAUAGAGACCUCGUCUAUAACAGACCUCUGAUAUCUUUGUGUUGUUCCUUGUGUUGUUGUUGUUGUUUUUCUCUGCAGUUCUGUCAGACCCCGUUGCAUCCAGCCCGCUGACAGUGGCCCCCAGCCUAGACCUGCAGGCUCGUAAACUCCAGCAGGCAGCGCAGAAAGCAGCGCCACAUGGUGGAGAGGGGAGGUUACUGCGCAAGGCCAGGGAACAGAGGGACAAGAGGAGCAGACAGGUGGGCAGACUGGGCCAGAGCUCGACAUUAACGCUUGUCCGCUUGCCUGGGACAAGUGGGGGAAAAAAAUAGCAGGGCAAGCAGACUAAAGAUUGAAGUUGACCAAAUGGACAAGUAAAAAAAAUCACACAAAAACCACAAUAUCAAACAAUUACUCCGAUCAGAAAUUGGAUCAGAGUGUCAUCCGGAUGCGCACUGUUCUCCCAAUUUCAGCAGAGCGCAUCGGAGUAGAAUUGUUUUGCAUUGAAAGGAACAAGCAGUCUUUUUCAAUCACAGGGGCCGGUUGCACCAGUUGGUCGUAAGCCCUUCUAUGAGUUAUGGUGUUAAAUUGGGACUAUGUCAUGAUAGGCACAGAAAAUAUUUAGCAAUCUAGAUUUUUAAAAGCAUGUGUCUCGGGUUCAUAUUGCACACACUCUGCAGGCUUUCGGAGUUGCAUAUGCGUGAGUCAAUUGCAAAUUGCCUACACUUGAUUUAAGGUUACAUUAGCAAAUGUUUCUUAUCAGUGAUAGAUGAGACAACGAAUAGAUGAGCUAUCACCUCCACUUAUUUGCCCAGCUAGAGAUCAAUGAACCAAAUACACAGACAGAGAUUCGGUUAAACAAAAUCACAUUGAUUGAUUAGUCUAUCAGACAUGUCAUGGGUUUUUGGUCGGGAGAAGGCUACUACGCAAGUGAAGAGAAAAAUAAUCCACUUGUUGAGAUGAGCAAACUAGACUAAAGAUGAUCAUAAGCACUCACCUCAAUUAAGCUAACAUUUUCCUGACCUAAUUGUAACCAAAUAUCCAAACGGAGAUUCAGUGAAAACUAAAGUCUGACAUUGAUUGAUCUGUCAAGACGAGUCCCCAGUCCCCACGCUUGUCUCAAAUGAUGGCGCUGUCCCAAUCAAAACAGUGCUGAAAUGAUCAUCUAUUCCACACGCGGCUAUUGCUUUAAUUUUUAUUAACGGUUGGUGGCUUUGGGAGUUUCAGAAUGUUUUAUCCUUAUGAGGAUACCUUGCUUUGAAGUAGCCUACUUUAGCCAUUUGAUCCCUGAUUAAUUGAAUGAGGGAAUUAUUUUAUAAAGACAUAAAAAGUAUUUAGUUGUAAUUGUAGUGUUGCAAUAUUUUAUAGGCUACUUAAGGCGUCAGCAUGCUUCAGUUCGGCUGGCGCCUAGCCUAACCGAACGAGUGUGCUUGCAUACUCCCUUAAAAGACAUUUGCUUGAAAAACGAGAAAAAAGUGGCAAUAGUACUGUUUGUCCAUUUUGAGAUGGCGUAGCCAGGAAACACUUCUUCAAAAUAGUCAUAAUUAAUUAAAGAUAACUCAAAUCUGUCAUUCAUUGUGACGUUUUUGCAAAGAGAUCUUAGUUGCAGAAUUUUACAUGUAACUAAGAUUUUUGGUGCAGUAUUUUUCAAUGAAAAAUUAUGCAUGAAAACGAGUUGUCUCUCGUUGAACGACAACAAAGACUUUAUUGAAGAGUUCCUACUGUUGACCAAUCACCGACGAAGGGGCGUAGACUUCGGCUUGCCUCCAGAUUGUUGUGCCCGAUAAGCCGAGAAAACCCUCACCGAAGUCCAAAACGAAUAACAAUUUCACAAAAUGUCGUCAUUAUAUAUACACAAACUCUACCGAACUGGGAAGCAUGUGGACGCCUUUAGGGUGGCCAACCAUCCACCAGGGGAGCCUUAAAGGGGCAGUGUUGUAUUUUGAUAGGCAGAGUGAAGCCUACAUUUUUGCCAAGUUUUCGAUGGUAAUAAUAAUAAUGAUAAUAAUGCAUUUUAUUUUGUAAAGUGGUUCCUUGCAUCAUAUAAUGCUGUAAAAAUUGUGUUACAGACCUUUUUUAUGGGGGGUGACUUGAGCUUUCGAACAAGUAAAAAAUCUGUCCUACUUGUCCGAAGGUUAAUGUCAAGCACGGUGGGCACAAAGUGACAGACAAAGCUGUUUAAUCAACACACAGUAUCAGGCCAGAAAUGUUGUAAAAGUAAAGUAUCAUGUGUGUCAUAAUUGUGUGUGUCUUAGUCAUGAGCGUACAGUACAUAGAAAUGGAAAGGAAGAACAAGAUGUUCUAUUCACUAUGACUUUCACACUCAUCUACACUCUAUGCUCAGGUGGGAAACAGAAAGACUGAAUCAUCUAGUCAGGCACCUUCAAGGAAGCCCCUGUCCAAAGACAGCCUGGUGGCUCCCUCAGAUGGUUUGGAUCAAGAUCUGUCACAAUUAACCGCCAAUCUGAGUCUUACCCCGAAACAGUCUGCCAGUGAGAGAUCCACUAACAGGUACAGUGUGGUGAGACUUUAAAACUCCAAGCAGUCUACUCCCGACAGACAGGUGUGUUCUAUGAAAAUGAUCAAUGGAAGGCACUCGCACAUCUGAGGGUUGCUUCUCCACGUGCAUCGUAAAUGUUCAAAGCUUUGACAAAGGCUGUGAAGCUGAAACGUUACUAAUUUGUAAAAGUCUUUAUGUAAAUGUUAAGGGCUUUCCCCGUGUUCCCAGCAGGGGUCAGAUCAGCCGGGACUACGAGCAGGAGUUCCCCUCUGUGGAGAUUGGGCCCCGACAGGCCCUGAGGCGACCUGAGACUGAGGAAAGGGGCCAGGCCAGGACCAGCCUGAGUGCUGUGAGGCUCCACAGCCAGGUUAGUGUCACUGCUGCUGGAGAGAAGUGCUCUUUGAGAGACAAAAGUCUAGGAUAGGGUUUUGGGGUUUUAUGAGUUUUGCUUCAGCUUAUCAUGGUUUGUAAUUCAUUGUUGGGUCUUUACCACUUUUUGUUAGGAUGUUGACAGUGAUGAGGAGUGGGAGAGGUUGAUCCAGCAGACCUCUGUUUCCAGCGGCCAAACCAUUCAAAUCAUACCUCGAUUGAAAGAGAAGUUGCUGACAUCCAAAACUCUGGUAACUACUACUCACAGGCAACUACAGUAGAAUCAAGUUAAUUGAAUUCAAUGCCACCGUAUAGACAUGUCCCUGUAUGUCUUCUAUUCUGGUGACAAAUCCAAUUUCCCCUCUGAGGAUCAAUAACGUUUAUUCAAAUGUAUUAUUUGACAUAACCCUGUGUUCCUGUCUUCUUGGUCAGCUAUUGGAUGGUAUCCUGGAGGGGGCGUGUCAAAUCCGUCAGCCGCUGAAGGUCCUGUCCAACCUGAUCUUGACCUCUGACUCAGAGGACUCCCAUCGACUCAGACAGGAAGUUGGACUACCUAAUUUCCUGUUCAACCUGGUCCAGGAUAUUGUGGAGAAUCCAGUCGUCGUUAAGGUUAAUUUGGUGACAUUAUCGACAAUAUUUUCAUAGAUCUGGACUUGGUCUUCAAUAAUGCAAUGAGAUUGGGAGAAAACUAUUUGAUGACUGUUUUAUUCAAGUAAAUAUGUGCCCGUAAGGAAAUAGCAAUGUUCAUUUCGGUGGAUAUCCCCUCAACUGCUAACUCUCUUUUUCUGUCUCUCUCUUCAUGUUAAUAAUCUCCAUCAGCAACCGUGGAGUGUGACAGUACUGGGGGAAGUGAUUGUUCUACUCUUGAACUAUUGGGAGAAGCACUGUGACUGGCAACAAGCAGAGAACAAGUUUGUUUCUUCAUUUCUUCUCCCCCCUUAGUGGUUUAAAAUUGGUGUAUUUAGUACAUUUACAUAGUUCUGAGGUCAUAGUUUUAAAAUUACAUAAUGCUUAACAAUAUUUCAAUGUCAUAUGACACAUAAAACCUCUUCUCACUGUAGACUGGAAGAUUACGCCAUGCCUUUUUUCAAGAUUCUGCUUCGGCCUGACCCUAACCCUUUGGCAGUAAGUAUGAAACCACUCAAAGAAAUGCAGUAGGCUAGUCAUGUUGAAUUGGCUCUGAACAGACUCCUUUUCUCCAUCUCACAUCUAGCCUCUGGCAGCAGCCGUUUUGGCCAUAUUCAGCCAGUGUGGAGUCUCUGUGGAUGUUAGCAUGGACAGGAUCACUGCCCAGCUCAACAAGCUUCUCUCAGACUCCGAUGAGGUAGGCUAUGUGUGUCUAUUAAAUUGCGUAACUAAUGUACUAAUAUGAGUGUAUGAAUGAAUGGGCGGCAGGUAGCUCAGUGGGUAAGAGCGUUGUGCCAGUAACCGAAAGGUCGCUGGUUCUAAUCCCCGAGCCGACUAGGUGAAAAAUCUGUCGAUGUGCCCUUAAGCAAGGCACUUAACCCUAAUUGCUCCUUUAAGUCGCUCUGGAUAAGAGCGUCUGCUAAAUGACUAAAAUGUAAAAAAAUUAAAUGAAUGGUGUUAUGUGUAAAUAUUUUACAUAUGGAUUUUAUACAAAUUAUUUGUAUGACAGCUUUAUUUAUUUAUUUAAAUAGUUUUGCAAUGUAAAAAAAAAAAAUGAUUUGUUGUGUCUGACUAGACUGUUCCCUCUCCCAGCCACGCGUCCCGUUACCACCAGGCUGGGGGUUCUGUGAUGGCUUCUUGUCAUUGGUUCUCCACACCCUAACUGAGGUUAGUUGUGCCUGCAUACAGAUUUGUCAAUGACCAGAAUAUUUCGAUCCAUAAAAAAAUAUAUCCCCUUUUAUUCUCUGGACAGAAUGAAAACCCUCCACACUCUGCUUCUUUGGAUCCAAGCAUUCUGCGCCUCCUAUGGGCGAAAGUUGGUACUUCACUGGAGAAGACAUCAGCCAAAACAGAGUUCUGCUCCUCAAACGGUAUAAACUAGACCACCUGAUAAUGUUGGUCUCUCACCAACAUUUAACACAAUGAAGAAGGCUAAAAUGGAAACGUCUGUGUAAUCUGUUUCCCUGCCUGCUUAAAAAAAGACAUUAAACAACAACAAAAAUAUUGUCUGGAAUUCUGUUUUGGACAAGUUUUAGGUUGAGCGCGAUGUUACAUGCUUUCUCUCACCAUUCUAACAUAAACGGUUUCCAUCUCCUCUCCCAUCAGGACUGUAUGUGUUCCUGUCCCUCGCCCUUUUUGUCCUUACCAGGGACCCGUACAGCUGUGUUCCCCUGUUCUCAGACAGCGACACAAACUGUAUACUCACCCUGGGCCACCUGCUCACCACUGAUUGGUUAGUGACCUCUCCAUCUCUCUCUCCCUCUAGCUGUCUUCUCGCAUAACACAUCUUCUUAUCCACUAGUGAUUAUCCCAUGAAUACUUGUAGCAUACCAACAGUCAAUCACUGCCAUACUGUCACGGUGGUGAUAUGUGGAGAGUGCCUCGUCUCUUCCAGUGUUUCCAGGCCGUCUGAGGAGACUCGCGGCCAGCUUUGGGGUGGUGACUCCAGUGUGAACAGCCUAUCAGUGUUGAGCUGCCACCUGCUGUGUUUCCCCUUUGCCCUGGACCUGUCGUCAGAGACGAUGGACAGACUACUCCAGCUGUACCACAGCGCUGGCAUUGUCUCUGGCCUGCUGCAGGUCAGGCUCUCCCCUUACAAGAACAUUGUUAAGCCUUUGGAUGUAUGAGUAUAUAUUGACAAUGCGCAAAGACCCCACUCUUAAUUGAUCUCCCUCUCUGUUGACAUGUCUGUCUGACAUACCGAGUGACCUUACCGUUUUUUAUGAUGCAAUUUAAGAUAACUCUUGCUCAAGUCACACAUCAGGUUCAUCCCACAACUGCUAUUCCUCCACACUGCUGUCUUGGCACCAUUGGGAGAACAUUGUGUUGUUCAAUGUCAAUGUCUGGUGUCUUUGACGGUUGAACUGGAUUGUGUGUGUUUGUUUUUUUUCUGUUCUGUACCAGGUUGUCCAGUCCGUUCCUCCGUCUCUCCUGGAACUGCCUCUCUCUCUGCUGUGUCGCCUGCUGCUGUGUGACCCCAGCCGCUCUGUCCCCUGCUUCACAGCAGCUACCAGGGCCCAAGGCUUCUUCUCUCCACCCAGCAGUGACCCCAAGGAGGAUAGAAGAGACCAGGCCCCAGCCUCCAGGGUCAGGGACCAGGCUGGGCACCCAGUGUCUGUGUCUAGGACUGCCAGCUCCCUUCUCUCUGCCCUGCUAAAGCCUGAUAGUGAAGCCCUGUGGGGGUCGGCCGUGGAGCUCCUCACCCUGCUGUCCCAGGCUGCCCGCUGCUCCCCCAGGUCCCGACCUUCCACCCCUCAUCUCCACCUGGAGACUGCUCCCCUGCACCAGGCCCUGGCUCACCCAGACGACAGGGUCAGAUCUGCUGCCUGUAGCCUGCUAGGUAACCUGGACCCGUUUACACCUCCUAAUCCUCCCUCCACAAGUGACCCACAACGGACCCGGCUGCAACCCGCCAUCCUCAGAGACAUAAUUGGCUGUCUCCACGACCCCUCUGCGUCCGUACGGAGGAUGGCCUGCAGGGCCGUGGGUAAUUGGCUGGGGCUCAUCGGAAAGGCAGGGUUUAGAACACGGAGAGCCAGUGGGAGAGAGGCCAGUAUUGCCCGUAUUACAGCCCGGGACAGGAAGAAGGGCAAGCCAGACAAGACUGUGUCCUCCCAGUCCCUGGUAGGAGCUAGAGGAGACUCAUCCACAACACUCAAACAGCAAGUAGCAGACCAGGAGGAUGGCAGUGGAUGGGUGAAGGAAGCCAAUGGGGCAACAACCAAGCUACUCUCCCUCAUAACGGACCCUGAUGCGCUGACACGCCGCCACUGCUGCGCUGCCCUUGGCAACAUGGCCGCCGUGGAAGGGGGUGUGGCUUCACUGCUGGAGGGAGACGUGCCCCUCCUCCUCCUACAGGCCGCCUGUACCGACUCCCAGCAUGCAGUCCAACGAGCGGCCGUCACUACCCUGGGCUUAUACAGCCAACAGGACGCACUACGACAGGUAAUAGAGGGUGAUAUUACCAAGGGGUAGACAUUGAAAUAAAUAUAAGUUUAGUCGGAGUGGGUCAAAUGUCGACUGUUAUCCCCUCAGAACCCCUUGCUUACACAAACAUUAUUUAUUUAUCAGUCUUUCUAUUAUAUAAUUUAUUGAGUUUCUUGUAUGUUGCCAUAUCUCAUGUCAUGAUUGAACACCAAAACUUUCUUAACUCACCAUUGCCUUGGGUCAUUUAACUCUGGAUGCAACACUGCAUGUCUGCUCACACACACACAUUCACUCUCUCCCACUCUCAUGCUUACACACACACACACUCACACUCUCACACUCUCUCUCACACACACACACACACACACACACACACAUUCUCGCUCUCUCUAACACAUACACAAACAUACACACUCUGUCUCUCUACUCAGACCAUAUUCCAACCUCUCUCAUCUGUGCCUUAAGGCUCUGCUGUCCCUUGAUGCACGUGAGAAACUUCGUCAGGCUUCACAGCAUGUAGCACCUCCACAGUGUGACUACUGUCAGAUCAUCAAGCUGCUAUGAAGGCCAGUGCAGUGGGUGAGAGAAUAGUGUGUGUCUAUUUGGUAAAAUCAGUCUUGUGGAUCAGCCCGUCUGCUUUUGCCUUAAUACUGGGAUUCAAUGUAUAAGCUGGAUGCCGGAUGCUGUAUCCUCUAUCCAUAACCCAUCUGUGCAGCGCGCUGGUUUAUAAAAUGAUUGCCAUCAAUAUUUGAUGUCUUUGUUUUAAAAGAUAAAAGCAAACUUCAUUACAUUGAGGGAUUGUCAUUUGUCAGUUGGGAUAACUUGUUAACAUGUUUUACUCUCUUGAAUUGAAAGGAGCAUAAUUUAUUUGUUUAGUUUGGCCAAUAUGUUCUAAGUGCCUGUAUAGCGUUAACUGGUACAAUGAGGUCUGGAGUUGUACGAUGCAAGUCAAGUUUUUUGAGUGUUUCUAAUGUAAUUUGUAAUGCUUUGAAUUUGAUUAAAACAUGUAGUGUAGGCCUAUCAGAAAUUGAUAGAUUUUGUUUAACAAUGUAAAAAUAUGGUUUUCAAGUAAUUCUUGAGGAAGACUUUUGAAUUGUUAUGCACUGGUAUUAAUAAACCCUCCUGUGCCAUUCU